AAAUAUAUUUUGCGUUGCAGUAUGUUGCGUUGCGUUUGUUUAAACAAUAUUUUAGCACGCAAGUAUGUUUAAAGACAGAAAAGGAUGACGAAGAAAAAACAGAGUGGGAUUUACGGGGAGGAAAGAAAGGGGUGGGAAUGGGGUAGUCAGUGGGAGUGGGUUUCGUUCCGUUCGAGUUCAGUCCGACAGUCCGCGUGUCACUGUAAACUUGGAGAACGGAGCCGUAUAUUGCAUUUAUUAAAAUUUGCCAAACCGUGCCAUUGAGAUCGUAGUAACGUCGUCGAAACGUCGAUCCUUAUCGACUGAAUUUUGCACGACGCGUUAAGCACGUCAUGUGCACGUCCUAUUUAUUCGAAUCUAACAGUAGCCCGAUCGGAACUAAAAUUCAAAGAAACGCGGCGAGUUUGUGCAAAGUUGCAAAUUUCAAUCGGUGCGUCUUGUCCUCCCCGAAAAUUCACCCCCGAGACAUGUUGCUGGUGGAGUCGUGGUUCACUCGGUGAGAGCUGGUGCCGUUACAUUCUCAUCACUCAACCGUCAUCCCCGUGCCGACGGGGUGUCUGGGGGGGGUGAAACAACGGUCACCCUCGAGGCGGGUUCGGGAUUUAGGGACAGGACGUACGGUGGGACCCGGCAAAUGUGGCUCUGUGCACGGAUGAAGCCUGUGUCAGAGAACGAGAUGGACCUGAGGGUGUUUGCGACACGGAUGUUUGCGUGGAAGCCUCGAAGAGGAUCUUAACGUCUAUGAAACGUGGCGUCGAUCCUUGCAAAGAUUUUUACAAGUUCGCUUGCGGUGGUUUUCGCGAUCAGCAGCCCUAUCAACCGAGUGCAAGCUUCAAUAUACUCCAGGCGCAAAUCGACGAGCGUAUACACAAAACGCUGACAAACGAGACGGGACAAAUGAUCGUUGCCUUCGAGAAGCUUGGGCAGUUUUACGAUACUUGUCGGGACUUUAAGAAGAAACCCGUAAAUUUUACACCCGUUUACGAACUGUUGAAUAAAUUUGGUGGCUAUCUAUCGCCGAAAAGCGUGGUGCCGACUGAUAUCACUCCUCUAAUCUCUGCAUUGCUAAAAGUAAACGGCGCGCCCUUCUUCGACUUAUACGUCGACAUAGAUCUUUACGAUCGCACAAAGUCAUCUGUAUAUCUUGAUUUUCCUGUCAAGCACCAGAAUUAUAAAUUUCUCGCAGAGGACCAGAAAAACAGAGACGUACAAAGAUCGCGUAGAAUUCGAGAGAUUGUCCAAGGGUUCUUGCCAAAAAAUAUGGAUCCUGAGGAACGAUCGUCGGAAACGGAUCUGCUUUUGCAAUUUUGCUUAUCGCUUGAAAAGAUUUAUCCAAAGCACAAAGAUUUGUACAAUUGGGUGGACGUUGAACAGAGGGUAUACGUCGCUUACAACGUUACUUAUCUCCAAGAAAACUUUGGUUAUAUAAGAUGGAGAUCGCUACUGAACGCUACGUUACCCUACCGUGUAAACGGCGUCGAUCUAAACGGCGGUAAUAAUGACACGAAUAGCGUACAACGACCGCCGACGUACGUCGCAUCCGAGGACCAGCAGAUUUAUGUCUACAUUACGGCACCGCGUUACUUUCGCAGCCUUGGCAAGCUAUUGAGUCGCUCCUCCAGACGGAUUAUUCAUAACGGACUGCUGUUGCUCUAUGCGGAUACAUUGCACGACAUCAUAAACGUCACCGCCGUCAAAGAUUGGGAAGACUCCUGCUACAGACUGACCAAAAGCAUCUUCAGCGAGGCGGUCAGUGUGCUCUACGUGCGACAGUACACUCCAAAGUACUUAGAAACUCUGGUCAACAGGGUGACCGCGCUGUUUGAACGCGUGAAGGAAACGAUAGCCGAGCGGAUAUUAGUGAAAUCGUGGUUGGACGAUGAAACCAGGACGCAAGCAUUGCAGAAGUUAAAUUCCUUACAAGGUCGAUUUCAUGUGUCGCCAGAUUUUUACAACGACUCCUUGCUAACGCGUGAAAUGGCCGAGGUUGUAAUCGACUCGGAUGAUUUUAUUACCACCGUCCUGAACAGAUUCCGUCAACUCCAAAGAUCAAAAGAUCAAAGCCCGUUACGAAAAAACGCGAUAAUGAGGAAUCACUACCCUUACUCCGUGAAUGCCUAUUACGAAUCCUCCACAAAUACCAUCGAAAUCCCAUUGGCGAUGAUGACAUCCUGGGCAUGGUCGUGGGACGGUGGUCCAGCUUUUGCUGUACACGCUACGUUAGGAUCGGUCAUCGCCCACGAGAUUCUCCAUGCUUUCGAUUUUCAUCGCCGUAAACUGCCCAUGGAGUCAGAUCGGAACAUCGACGAAUGGCUUCGCGUCACGGCAGACUCUUGGAAACGAUUGGAGACCAAAAUAGAAUGUGUCGCGCGACUUUACGCCAGGAGCUUUUGGCGGAAGGUCCAAUCUUAUGGGAAUGACGUUGCUGUGCAGUUUGAUUGGAACAUGACAAAAAACGAGAACGUCGCGGAUAUUGGUGCUCUGCAAAUUGCCCACAAGACUUGGCACAUUUUGACAAACGGGAAGGAUCGGAGCCUUCCCGGAUUGGAGGGACUCCGACCGAGUCAGCUCUUCUUCAUAAGUGCCGCACAGGUAUACUGUGUUAAUACGACUCUCGAGGCCUACGUCUUCUCCGUUGAAUUCGACUAUCACGCUUCUCAUCCUGAAAGAGUCAACAGUGUAAUGAUGAAUUCUCAGGCAUUCGUAGAGGCGUUUCGCUGUCCACUCGGAACAAAAAUGAAUCCCCCGAAUAAAUGCACUGUUUGGUGAUAGUAACACGUUGGUCGAUAUACGAAAUAUAUAUCGAUUGUGUAGCAGGCUGUUCUUAUAUAUACUUCGCUUUAUUUUAUUUCACAAUUACAAUAUCGUAAGAUCACUUCAGGAUCAUAUUUCGCAGCAAGAAUUAAUGCUACAGGGAUAGACAUUUGCCCCUUUUUAUGUGAAAACUAGACUAUAAUAACACUUAAUUCAUAAAAGGCCAUAAUUGCAAUAUAAACAGUUUAAUAUUACAAUUUUCCUUUCUUUGAAAAAAGUAUCAGCUUAAUUCUAGAAUUAUUAAAUAAUUCUUGUUGAUCUUACACUUGAAAAAUUCCCUUCAUGAAUUCUUGCCUUAUAAAUUAGAUUUAAGAUAAAAGAAAGUAAAGUAUGUUCUGGCACUCGUUCGUUUUUUGAAGCUGUGGAGGAUCUAAAAAUAUAGUACAAGUAAAUUCUAAAAUAAAAUAAAAUAAAAUAUAUUGUU